AAACCUGCAAACCAUAUCGACUAGUCAUGACGUGUGUAAAAAGGUAAAACAUGUCAGCCUUGUGAAAUGGGCAAUUCAUUGUAAAAUCUGAGCUGGAAGCUGUUAUUCGAUCAAACAUUGCAUUCACCAUGGAUGAGCAAGACGGGAAAGAUCCCCGCUACCAAAAAGAAUUGAUUUACAACAAAUUGCUACCGUACUCCUCGGAAUUUGAGGAGGAAUCGGAGAGACAUCUGACUGAAAUCAAAACCAAUUUAUCGCUUGCUGUGCAGCUUCGUGAACUUCGCCCUGGUGUGCUUUUUUGGACCGGGAAGUUUUCGGCGUAUAUACGUUAUUAUGGCCGAAAGUUCAGCAAGGAAGAGCAUGUGGCCUUCAUCAAGCUCUAUCUGGAACUUAUCAACAUUCCAGAUUUGGAGUUCAAGAUCAUGUCAGAGUUUGCCAGAAUUCUGAACAUACUUCUCAAGAAGCGAAGUUUGCUGUCACGAGACGACCUGCUUAUACCCUGGCGACCCCUCUACAAGAUUGUUGAAAGGAUCAUGUACUCACCAUAUGAACCAUUGGGCUUAGAAUGGUAUCCACACACCCUGGAAAAUCGUCUAAAGUCCCUCAUGCGGAUGUCCAGACCAUAUUUCUCAGUUGACAGUACUAGAGAAAUGCUAGAGGAAUGGCGCCCUCUCUUGUGUCCGUUUGAUGAGACCAUGGCCAAGGGUAUCCAUUACAUGGAGUGCUUUCUCCCAACCCUGCUUCCACCAGAACAUCACCAACAUGGCUUCAAGUUAUGGCUGGAUGAAAUGAUCAGUAUAUGGAACAAUUCGCAGAACUCUCCGCACAUAGAAUCAGCACUAGUAGACCUAUUUUCUAGAUUAGCUACAGAGAAUAUAGGAUACAUUGACUGGAAUCCUCAUAUACCAAAGAUAUUCACAUGUUUCUUGAGAGGCCUUAGUCUACCUGUUGGUUCCAAGAAGCUUCAGGUAGCUCGGAAUGGGAAGGGUUUUGAUGUUGGUCCUCUUGCAACCUGGAUUGUUUCAAUGCUGGGUCACACAACAACUUGUCAGGACCACUUACAUAAGUUCUUUGUAGCAACAGAUUCAUACUUCCAUCCAUCCAAUACUGGAAAAUACUCUUUCAGCCUUCAAAGGAUGCUUGGUCAGCUAUCCAGUGAAUUUGUCAAGAGAUUACACAGAGAGAGGUAUAAGAAGCCCUCGUGGCAGCACCAGAUCCCUGAUGAUUACAAGCUGAAAGAGGAUGACAUCACAGCGUUUGUUGAGAGCAUCAAGGCUCCGGUGUUCCUAGCCAUGUACAGUAAGAUGGGUCACAGGGAUGCUGCCUCGACCCUGCAUAACCUGGCCUUGCUGAGACCUGAGCUGGUCAUACCAACACUGCUGGAAAAGACCUACAAGGCUUUAGAUACCCUGACAGAGCCCCACCAGCUGAUAGCCACAGUGAGCUGCGUGGUGUCGGUCUCCUGCACCAUGCUCAAGGGGGGCAAGUGGCUCCCCGAUGGCCCCACUCACCUACUACCUCUCCUCCAUGCGAUGCUACCUGGUAUCGAUCCCAACGACUUUGCCAAAUGCAUGGUCACACUGCAAGCCAUCUCUACCUUCACCGUCAUGGUACCCAUAGUAGACUGCUCUGAAGCUUCCCUGGUUAGAGACGACAUCACGGAACAGGAGAGGGAGCUCUGUUCAGCAACAGCCACCUUUGAAGAUUUUGUGCUUCUCUUCAUGGACAGAUGUUUCAAUCUGAUUGAGGCAUGUUCCAUCGAGCAUAUACGAAGCCAGGACAACGAUCAAGAAAAGGUGAACCACCAAGAAGCCAUGGUGGACGUAGGAUUGUCUUCAACAUUCAGUACCAUCUGCUCCCAGAGCUCACCUCAGAUAUACAAGGCAGCAGUCAAUCGUUUGUUCCGCUAUGUUUCGUCGUCUAUCCUUGAGACUAAGGUGUCUGGUAAAACCAUUGCCAACAUGUGCAGGGCAGCCGCUAAGGUGGAUCCCAAGUACACUCUGUCCAAGUUUGUGCCUCACUGUAGCAAGAAGAUCCUUGAUGCCUUCACAUCAGAAGAGGUCCAGUUGGAAGAAGAGUUGGACAAGGAGAUUCUCUUCAACCUCCAAGUUCUCUCAGAGGUUAUACGAGUUCCUAGCGAGGUUGUCCUCACCUAUAAGGACACCCUGAAAAAGGUCCUGAAGGCUACCCUUCAUCUGACCUCUAAGAAAGGUUACGAGCUGUCCUGCCAGCUACUCAAGCACUGGCUACGAGCUAUGUGCCUCAUGUAUCCUAGGGAGUACUGCAGUAUAGCAGAGGGCUUUGACAGGCCACUCACAGAGUACUUGCCUAUCAGGGACUGGGCAACGUGCGGUGACAUUCACAACCUGGGUGUGAAGUGGCAUAUACCCUCUGAUGACGGAGUAGCAUGUGUGAAGGAGCUCUUAGAUAUCUAUUACAAGCCAGAGAUAGAGAAACUACAGAACUACAUCAAGGGGGAGUCUAUAAGCAGAGAGAAGCUACUACAGAGCCUGACCAUCUUGUUCAAUGUACUGACAGGGGCAGGGGUUCUUAUGCCUAAAUGGAAGAGGCCCUCGAUACCAGAGCUGAGUGAGAGUCAAGUUCACAUGCACACUCUAGAUAGGACACUAGGAUCAACGGACAAACAGAAGAGGUUUGAAGGCAUCAGAGAAGAACUAGCUCAGGUGAUGCAUGAUCUUCUUAAUCAUCUCCUAGCAACAGGGGAGGAUGACACCAAGUCCAUCAUACUCAUCAUCAAUAUCAACAAUGCGCUGAUGUGGUACAUGGGAGCAGAGAAGAAGGACUUUGACAGCCGAUGGAAGGGAUUCCUCAUCAUCAAGAAAGCCAUGGAAGACAGGUUACAUGGGAAGAAGAGGCACCUGCGAGCCCUGUUGAUAGAUCGGGUAUACCUCCAGCAUGAGAUGAGGAUGCUGGUCCAGGCCAAGCAUGUUUACACUGAUCUUGAUAAACAGAUUCAUAGUGAUCUGUUCACACUGUCAACAAGCAGGUACAGCGAGGUGCGUAAGAAGGCCCAGAUCAUGCUGUUCAAGAUGAUGGAUCACUUUGUAUCAUCAGUGAGGCUAAUCAUUCCUAAGGUCUUGGUCAACCUCAAGCCAGAUACAGACAUCCCACAUCACCAGUUCAAGGGAGCCCUCUAUGUACUAAGUGGGUACAGCAUGAACAGCACAUGGGCAUGCCUGCCUUACUGGUCAAUCCUGAAAGACGUAUGGUUAGGACUGGUCAAUGCCGGCCACUCUGAGAAGCUGUCCAUCAUGAAGGUCUUAGCUCAGGUCAUGAUGAAGGUCAACAAGGUCUUUGACACGUCGGCCAUCACGGUCAAGGUUUCAGAUGGCGCCAGGAGCAAGGCCAAUGAUUUGGUACAGGGUUUGAACGUCAGCAUAACGCCUGAGCAAGAAUCAGCAUCAGUACAGAGGUUACAGGAACACAAUCAAAGCAACAUGAGAGUGUAUAAUGAGCUGGUAUCCGAGCUGGUGGAUGUAAUAGAGCAAGGCAAACUGCGAUGGAAGUUUUCUCAAAUGGCGGCAAGCCUCCUCCGUCUUCAGCUGAGGGUAGAUACCCCUCCACCAAUCCCUGUCGUACGGCUCUUCACAUCCCUCCUCGUACAUGACACACUUAACUUAAGAAAGCUUGCCAUUUCAGCCAUGGGUGCAAUAAUGAAGCAACUGAAGCGUCCGCACAAGAAGGUGCCCCUUGACCCCUACGCAACAGCUGGGUGCCCCGCCCCUCCUGACGACGCCCUACCCAACCCCGGGGAGCGGCCGGACAACAAGUGGACUCAGUACCAGUGUGACAGGUUGCCCACCACCCAGGAGAAAUGGGACCAGUGUGUGUUUGUGGAUAAGACCCACUGGGGCUACUAUAAAUGGCCCAAGAACAUGCAGAUCUACGCCCCAUUCGAUGAACAGCCCAAGCUAGACCGUAGCAGAGAGGAGCUGUCAGAGACGGAACAGAUCAUCUAUGAUCACUUCAGCAAUGCAGAGUUUGUAGAGAAACUAGUAGGCUACCUGUCCUUAGAAGAUAAGAAAGGAAGAGACAAGUUUGACAACAAGAAAUACACAGUCUUCAAGGGACUGUUCCGUAACUUUGGGGACACUUUCCUGCCAGUCUUCCAGCCCCACAUAGAGAGGUUGUCCAAGGAGGCACUGGAGAGUAGCCAGCGGAGUAUGAUGGAGAUGAUGGCUGGUGUUAUACGAGGCAGCAAGCACUGGGGCUUUCAAAAGACCAAGAAUCUGUGGGAGACUGUGCUGCUACCUUCUAUGAAGACAUCAUUGUCCUUGGUAACAGCAGAGACCAUCAUAGAUUGGGGGAUGUGCAUGGCUACGUCAUGUGAGAGUAGAGACCCUCGAAAGCUUCAUUGGCUGUUUGAAUGGCUCACCCAACAACCAAUCAGUGAAGAUGAGGAGAGGGGGUCUUUCCUGGAUUCAAGUCGUCUGUUCAUCCUACAAGGUGGAUUGUUUCAGCAGGAGUGGAGAGUACCAGGUCUUCAUCACAGACUGUUAGGCUACAUACGACAGCAUCUUACCCACAGCUACAAGAAUGUCAGGGACAAGAUCGGCAGCUUCCUGGUCAUGAUCUUCAUGUACGACAAUGCCUGGUCCCGGGAGAACCAGACAUCCUCCCCUCACCGCCAAGAGUUCUUAGAAUCCAUCCUACCCCAGAUGGCCCCCCUGGCUAACAUAGACGUCUGGGGAGCUAUCCAGGUCUCUGAUGAAGAGAAGGCAGAGGAUGAUGAGAGGAAGAAGGUCAUUAGGUUAUGUAAAACAGUCAUGAAGUGGAUUGUAGGUAGCCUAGGGAACCUUGUAUCUCCUGCACCUCAAGAAUACUUCCAGUACCUUCCUCUGUUUGCACCUCUUGAGAGCUGUGAGUCUGAUGAAGAGCUACGGUAUGAAGCAGAGAUGACCCUAGCCUGUCUAGCCCAGACUUUACUUCAACCAGGGAUGAUACCCCUUGUACUCUCCUCUCUACAGCAGAUUGGUCAGGGCCAAUCCUGGAGAGCCAAGUGUAGUAUGUUAGAGUACCUUCAGGUGAUGGUGUUCUACAACCUCUUCACCAUCAACAGUCUACCCAAGCAUAUAGAAACCAUUGGUCAACUCGUACUGGACAGGCUCAAGGACGAUCGCCUUGAGGUGAGAGAGGUAGCAGGUGCAACACUGAGCGGUCUGAUUCACUGUGGCUUCUUACCAAUGGAGAAUGGGAUGCAGAGCCACUUUGAGAACCUGUGUAAGACAAGACUAUCGACCAAGAAAGUAGUCAGUAUGGCUGCACCCGUUGAAGCCAUAGUCCAGAGGCAUGCUGGUAUCCUGGGUCUGAGUGCAUGUGUCCAAGCCUACCCCUAUGAUGUCCCUGAAUGGAUGCCAAGGAUACUGAUGGACCUCACAGAUCAUCUACACGAUCCUCAACCUAUCGAGAAAACAGUGCGAAAAACCCUGUCUGACUUCCGCAGAACGCAUCACGACAACUGGCACGAGCACAAGCAGAGCUUCACAGACGACCAGCUUGUAGUACUUACUGACCUUCUAGUCUCGCCCAACUACUACGCAUGAUGCAGCCUUUGUCUCGUUUGAAGUUGUCUUCUCAGCUGGUCAAAAUUCUUCAGAAUGUGAAACACCAGAGCAACAAGUUUGGUGAAGUCGGCGCAUCUCUCGGUGCUAACCUGCUGUAAGAUUUGUUAUGCCCAGUAGGCCAGUAUGGAUAGUUUUUAAGUAUUUGCUAUUAUGGGAUAUCUAUGCUACAUUAUGAUGUGGUCUAUAAUAUUGAACAGUUCACAUCACAGCCAUGUAUUGUCAGUCGUAACUAUCCCCUUCUUACACUGAUAGUGUAUGACUCAGAGACUGGAAUUCCUUAAGAAUUAACAUAUUAUAAAGUCAUACAUAGCUAUUGGCCAGUAAUAAGAAAAAGACUGAAUUUGUAGACAAUGCAACCUUAUCCAUGACAACAUGAACUCUAUGACUGUAUGUGUGUCUUCAGAUAUCUAGUUACCAUAGAUACACUCACAAUAUUUUAUACUAUUUUAUUUGAGGGUUAAAGGAAAGGUAUACAAUUAUUUCAUUAUUUUUAGUGAAAUUAUUAAUUGUAGUGAUCUCAAUAAUUUGUUACUAUGGCAGAUGAGGCAUUUUAAAAGAUAUGAAACUGUUGCCAAUUUAAAGAGAAAAGUUGUUCAUUUAUACCUCAGAAAUCUCUGAACUGCUUUGGGUGAAUGGAUUUGUUUGGAUUUAGAUUCUGAAAGCAUUAUUUGCAAAGAUCAUACACUUUCACUAAAUGUGUAUUCAAUGUUUUUUAAAUAUGAUCAUAAAACAGGGGUGCACCAAUGAACAAAAAUAGUACAUUUCUGUCAAAGAAAGUGCAAUCUAUGUUUUAAUUUAUAUUUUCUUUUUAUUACAGUUAGUCACUAUGUAUAUUACUUUUAUUAUUUUCAUGUUAGAACUUUGCAGAAUUUCAUUUUCUUUUGAAUUGUUUUAAAUUGAUGUGAAAGAAUUGGUUUCUCUAGCAUGAAGUUAUUUUAGUUGACAUACUGAAUCUUUUCAAAUAUGUCAUUUUAUUCAUUACAAUUCAAUGUGAAGAAGAGUGACUACUAGUACCCAUACCCAUGUAAUCACAUUUUUAGGAUGUUUAUGCAGGGCCUUCUGUUUAUAUAUUUACAAUGGGUAAUUUUUCUGGAGUUCCUUUCUUUUUGCAUAAAUUAAUUACAUGAUUGGCUGGCCCUGUGCAGCUAAGUUGCAUAGGAAGUUAGGAACAUUGCAUAAUUCGUUCAUUCACCUGUUACAAUUGAAUUUUAGUUGUUGCUAGGUCAAACAUUGUGAUUUGCCAGACCUAACAACAUGCAACUUCCAUUUAAAGACGUAAGCACUUAAUUUGAUUAUAUUACAAAAAGAGCCUUUAAUGAGAAAACUUCAUGAGUUUUGCUGACUUUGUCAUAUUGGAUUUGGACUUUUAAUUCACACUUCAGAUGAGUACCAGCCCCAUGUUCACUAAGGCUUUGUAUUCAAUAUUUUAAAACUGUUAUGAUGAUGGAAAUACCUCUUUACCUAUGGACAAAAAAAGAUGUGUUGGGCUGUAUGAUCUAAAUUUAUACCGGUGUUUGGGUAUUAACUCUGUCCAUUGAUUAUUGAAAAUUCAUGUAUGUGUUUAUGAUGUACAGUUGUUGUUUUUAGGAUUUUGCUAAAUUUGGAGUCAUGCAUGUUUAUGAAUAACAGUUAUUAUUUGGUUUGAGAUCUCACUAAUUCCUGGUCUUAAUCUAGUAUAUGGUUAAUAGUGGAAUUGUCCAUACAAUAAUCUGUGUUUUUUUAAUCAACCAAUAUCUGAUUCCUGGGUUGUGCUCAUCCAGUUCCAAGAAUUAUGAAAAGGUAAAUUAUGUUAUAUAUUUUUGUUUAGAUUAAGCAGACAUAAGCUCUCUUAUAUAUUACAUUUUUAUUUCUUAUAUGUUUGAAUUAGGGGCAACACUUCCAUUUAAUUUGAAGUUCAUCUAUAGAAUUGCAAUAUUUUAAUGGAUUAGGUACAUGACUGUUUUUAAUGUCAAUUGGUAGUAAAGUUAAUGACUCAUUUUUUACGUUCUCGAAAGGUGGAAAACUUAGGUGCUAAAAUAGAUGUAGAACUUUGAAAUACUGAUUGAUGCAGGGAUAAGUAUUCAGGAAUUUGGUUCAUUCAAUAUUUAUCAGCUUUUGUUUAUCCACUGUGAUCUGUAAUAGAUGGACUUUAUUUUGAAUAUAUACAUAUAUAAAAAA